AGCUUCCGCGGGAAGGGGUACUUGGCGGAGAACGACGAGGCAGCAGGGGCGGAGGGGGGCUGGAUGAGGGCGGGGGAAUGCGCGGAUGGAGCGGAUGCGUCUGGUAGAGCGGAUGGAGCGACGGGAACAGUAGCCGCGAUGGCAGCAGCCAAAGAACAGCUGGUAGCGGCAGCAUCAGUAGCAGCGGAAGCAUCAGUAGCUGCGGAAGCAGGCGUAUCAAGAGCAUGAGUAACGGAUACUCGGAGACUUGGCGACAGCGUUUGCCGAGAAUUUUGCGAGGGCAGCGGCUGGGCGAAAUGCGGGCUGGUCGCAACAGACACCGGACGGGGGGAAGAGCGGAGGAAGGGGGAAACGGCGGGGACUGCUUGGGCGGCGGAAGCGGCGAUUUCGCUGCUUUCCGCCUCUGGGGGGACUGCUUGCGGGGACGGCAUGGCGGACGUGACGGGAGUGGAGGGUGUGGCGGAAUGCAGCAGGGAAAGCGCGGGCGGAGGAACGGAGAAAAUGGCCCGAGGGGAUGCGGAACGGUGCGCGGACGCGGAUGUGCGGGGAAAUUCCGCGCGAAAUGCUGCGCACGAGCUGCGGAGGCCGAUGGGGGACUCGAGUGCGCGUGGGGAAGCGGAUGGGCAAGACGACUGCGGGGAGGCGGAGGGGAGAACAGACGCUGCGGUGCCGCCAACGCGCACGAGUGCGGACGCCGCCGCCACCACUGGCGGCUUCCCCGAGCUUCCCGCUGCUCCUUCACGACCCGGCGUCAUCGGGAGUUCGAGGCUCGGUGCGCAGCGGCCGCCGCUUCUGAGAAGGAUCGUCGGGCGCCUGCGGGCUCGGCGGCAGCGGAAGAGAGAAACGGCCGCAGCCGCAUCGUGGCCGUCGGAUGCCAUGAUGAUGCCCAGCAGGAUGUACGGUUGGAUGAGAGCGACGAAUGCGGGCAAGUCACAUUGCAAUCGAGAAUAGCCUCAUGCGGUUGGUCGGAUUCCUUGAUGCGAGCAGUAUCAGACUCUGUCGCCUCAAAAAUAGACUCUGACGCCUCAAAAAUAGACUCCGAUGCCUCAAAAAUAGACUCCGACGCCUCAAAAAUAGACUUUGACGCCUCAAAAAUAGACUCUGACGCCUCAAAAAUAAAUUCUGAUGCGAGAAUAGACUCUGAUGUCGCGC